AUGCUAGUGAAAUGGUGCGGCCAUCACAUCUCGGAGAGCACCUGGGAGCCGUUGGUUAACUUUGGCACAUGCCUGUCGAUUCUUGAAGAGUACGAAAUCGGAGAGUUCCUUGUGCUAGGGGUCAAUGAAAUAUUGCUCUCGGAUUUUACGGACUCCAGUGAUACAGAGUCUAGCUCUGAAAGAAAAUGUUCCACUUGCAAUCAAGAUAUCAGAUUGGAACCAAAGUCUUCCGGCGUUAUCUCUGUGCCGGCCAGUCCAGAACCGGAACCGGAACCGCCCAAAAAGAAGAUGAAGGAAAGCAAGAGGAAGGACAUCGAUCUUGUCAAACUUAAGUUGAGUAAAGAUCAAGAUGAUUCCGGUUGUAAGAAGAAAUCGAACGCGGAUAAAAUCGACUUGUGUCGCGGCCUGGAGCUGGAGAGAGUGAUGCACAGCUUUAGUUCGGGUGGGAACAUCGUUAUGUUUGUCAGAUGGAAGGGACGACCCGGCAUGGAUGCUGUGCCCAUGGAGGAUUUGGAGAAGGCUUUUCCAGAAAAAGUACUCGAGUAUUUCCAGAAAAUAAACAAGCGCUACGAUUGA